GUAAAGCAGCACCAAGUGUCGCGCCGCGCCUGGGGAGGGAGGGCUUGGCAGCAGUAGCGGUCCGCGGAGGGGGCUGCGCAGCAGACAAAACCGCAACCGCCUAGGCUGCGCGUUCGCCGGGCGGCUUUGGGUGGGGAAUCGGCCAGCGGGCGAAGGCCGUGUUGCGGGCUCUGCGUGAGGGGCGGUAGGGCCCCGGGUGAGGGCGCAGCGGAGAAGGGAGCCGGGGCCUGCUGGGCCGGGCCAAGACGAGCUGUGCCGCGCUGGGUCCUUCCGGUGGCUGGUGGCGCCUCUUCCUUGUUCUCCCUUCCCCCUAGUGGGGGCUGUUACCACCCAGCGCCCCCUCCCUCGACGUUAAUGUCCCAGGAACCUGAGAAGAAGGUAAUGCUUAAAAGGACUUUUUUUGUGCUAGACUUCUUUGUAGUUUUCCAUGUCUCGAUGGACUCCCAAAUGUAAUAUAGUCUAUACUAUAAAAGCGGAUAUGAAGAGUGAAGUUCCCUCUGAUGCACCAAAGAGACAGGAGAGUCUGAAGGGGAUCCUCUUGAAUCCUGAGCCCAUUGGGGCAGCCAAAAGUUUCCCUGCAGAAGUUGAGAUGAUUGCCAAUAAAGUAGGGAAUGAAUUCUCUCACUUGUGUGGUGACUCUCAAAAGCAGGACAUGAAUGGCAAUCAUCCAGAACAAGAUAAAGGUAUCGUAGUGCGGAAAAAACGCAAGAGUCAGCAGGCUGGCCCUUCAUAUGCUCAAAACUGUGGUGUUAAGGAAAACCAGGGAAUUUUAGGACUAAGACAACGCCUAGAAACACAAAGUGAAGACAAUGAUUCUUCUUUUAGUGACUGUGUGUCUUCACCUUCAUCUAGCCUACAUUUUGGAGACUCUGAUACAAUCACAUCUGAUGAGGAAAAGGAGACCCCUGUAAGACAUACUCAGGCAGUGUUGAGUACAAGUAGAACUCAUAGUGCAAGGUCACAAAAGUGGCCUCGUACUGAGACAGAAUCUGUACCUGGACUAUUAAUGAAAAGACCCUGUUUUCAUAGCAAUUCACCGAGAAGACCUCCAUAUAGAAAGAGGUUUGUGAAAACCAGUUCCUCACAGCGAACACAAAACCAAAAAGAACGAAUUUUAAUUCAGAGAAAAAAACGGGAGGUAUUAGCUCGAAGAAAGUAUGCUUUGCUACCCAGCUCUAGCAGUUCCAGUGAGAAUGACCUCAGUAGUGAAUCUUCCUCAAGUUCUUCCACUGAAGGAGAGGAAGACUUAUUUGUAUCUCCUGGUGACAACCACCAAAACAGUACAACUGUUCCCUCAGUGGAAAGGAGCUACCUACCCUACAUUCAGACACUUAGGGCUUGUCUACACUUGAAAGGCUACAGUGGCACUGCUGCAGCACAUCAGUGUAGAUCCUACACUGGGGGUUCUUUCGUUGGCGUAGGAAGUAUUGAUGAAGAUGUUGUAGUGAUUGAAGCAUCCUCCACUCCCCAGGUCACUGCCAAUGAAGAAAUCAAUGUUACCUCAACAGACAGUGAAGUGGAAAUCGUAACAGUUGGAGAAAGCUAUCGGUCUCGUUCGACACUUGGACACUCACGAUCUCACUGGAACCAAAACUCUAGCUCUCAUGCUGCUCGAUCACAAGAACAGCGGAACCGUAGUAGGAUUUCCACAGUCAUACAGCCGCUGAGGCAGAAUGCAGCGGAAGUGGUGGACCUCACAGUGGAUGAAGAUGAGCCCACAGUUGUGCCAACAACCUCAGCUAGAGUUGAAACCCAGAUUGUGAGUUCUGCUUCCGGUAACAAUACCAAUACAUCUACCUCAGAGCAGGCCUCUGAUGCUGCUAUAAGUGUCUCCAAUAGCCAGAUCUCUACAGCACCAGAGACAUUGACUACUCUUCCCAAUAGCAACACUGCUGGGACUUCAGUGGGAGAUGAUGUAAGGAGAACUGCCUCUAGUACUACACUGGAAACUGGUCCUCCUGCCAUGCCAAGGCUACCAUCAUGCUGCCCCCAACAUUCUCCGUGUGGAGGAUCUUCACAGAAUCACCAUGUAUUAGGACACCCUCACACAAGUUGUUUUCAGCAGCAUGGCCACCACUUUCAACACCACCAUCACCACCACCAUAAUCCCCACUCAACUGUCCCACUGUCUCCUUCGUUCAGUGACUCCAGUUGCCCUGUUGAAAGGCCUCCUCCAGUGCCAGCUCCUUGUGGAGCAAGCAGCAGUACGGGCACCAGCUACCAUGACCAGCAGGCACUGCCAGUAGACUUAAGCAACAAUGGUAUAAGAAGUCAUGGAAAUGGUGCUUUCCAUGGAGCAUCAGCAUUUGACCCUUGCUGUCCUGGUUCUUCAUCCCGAACUGCAAUUUAUGGGCAUCAGGCUGGUGCUGGCCCAAGCCAACCAAUAGCAAUAGAUGGAUAUGGAACAAGCAUGGUUGCACAGCCCCAGCCCCAACCUCCUGCUCAGGCCUCGCUCUCAUCAUGUCGACAUUAUAUGCACUCUCCUUAUGCUUUGACGAGACCUCUUCAUCAGUCUUCUGCAUGCCCCCACUCUCAUGGAAAUCCUCCUCCUCAGCCACAGCCUCCACCCCAAGUGGAUUAUGUUAUCCCUCAUCCAGUGCAUCCCUUUCAUCCUUCCAUCUCUCAUGCCUCUUCUCAUCCAGUUCCACCUCCACCGCCAACUCACCCUUUAGCCAGUGCAGCUGCUCCAAUUCCACAGCAUCUUCCACCCUCACACCAGCCGAUUACCCAUCAUAUUCCUGCAACUGCACCUUCAGCACAGAGGAUGCAUCCUCAUGAAGUGAUCCAGAGGAUGGAGGUCCAGAGAAGAAGAAUGAUGCAGCAUCCAACACGUGCACAUGAACGGCCUCCUCCACAUCCUCACAGAAUGCAUCCCAACUAUGGUCAUGGGCACCAUAUCCACGUGCCUCAGACAAUGUCCUCACAUCCUCGACAAGCUCCAGAGAGGUCUGCCUGGGAACUGGGAAUUGAAGCUGGAGUGGCUGCAGCUACAUAUCCGCCAGGCCCAUUGCACCCUCAUUUGGCACACUACCAUGCACCUCCUCGACUUCAUCACUUACAAAUAGGGGCUCUUCCUUUAAUGGUUCCAGACAUGGCGGGCUACCCUCACAUCCGUUACAUUUCAUCGGGAUUGGAUGGAACAUCAUUCAGAGGCCCUUUCAGGGGCAAUUUUGAGGAGUUGAUUCACUUGGAAGAGCGAUUAGGCAAUGUUAAUCGUGGAGCCUCCCAGGGAACUAUUGAAAGGUGCACGUAUCCACACAAAUACAAAAAGGUAACAACUGAUUGGUUCUCACAGAGGAAACUGCACUGCAAACAAGAUGGGGAGGAAGGAACAGAGGAAGACACAGAGGAAAAGUGUACCAUCUGUUUGUCUAUAUUAGAGGAAGGUGAAGAUGUCAGGCGCCUUCCAUGUAUGCACCUUUUCCACCAAGUGUGUGUAGAUCAAUGGUUGAUUACUAACAAGAAGUGCCCCAUUUGCAGAGUGGACAUUGAAGCUCAGCUGCCAAGUGAAAGUUGACAUCAUUUUCCAGAACUCUUGUCCUCCUUCUCACUCCCUUCCAUCCUUCCUGGUACUGCAGUCUACCAAAGAUGGCAUGACUUACCUGCGCAGAUUUGGAAGCAUUGAUCCUAGAGUGCUAUCUCUGCUAUAUGGUACAACUAAUGCUAGACCUACAGUUUAUGUAGACAGUUGAGUUUCAGUGUAUUUAUAAAGCUUUUUUAGGUUUUACAUUUUUUUCUUUUAAUUCAUUUUACUGUAUUUUUGCAUGGUUCCUUGUAUUGCAUUUGUUUGCACAUAUUAUGGGCUUUGUGACCCCAAACUUGCAGGCAAGAUUAGCUGCUUUAGUAAGUAGAAUUGUGUGUUGUUCCCUUCCCUCCCAAACAUAGUAUCAAGCUUUGAGAAUAUGAUUUCACUCAUUACUAACCUCGGAUUUCUUAAUUUAAUCAAUCAUGUAUUUUAGUUUAAUGUAUAAAGAUCAUCUAGAAAAGAAUAAUAUUGUAUAUUAAGACAUUCCUUAAUUAGGAAAAAAUGGCUGCUGUAUAUUUACAAUGUCAGUUCUGAGUCAAAUACCAUCCUUAAUACUGGGAACAGAAUACAAACUAUAUGCGGUCUGACUGAUACAGCUGGUAUGCUCCUCACCAGAGUUUUGUCUGAUCAAAUUUUAUGUUUUUAAACUUUCAGCACAAUACAGAUAUAUUUGAAUGUCAAUAUUAAACAUUUAGACUGCUGUUCAGAUUGUAUUUAUCAUUUUCUUACAAUGUCUAGAAAUUUGAAUCCCUAACUUAAUAUUUGUUGCUGUGAAACAGCUCUAAUGAACACUAAAUAUUGAUUUCAAUUAGCUGGAUUGUAGAUACUUGCAGAUUGAAUGCAUUUUUAGGGAAACAAAUAUGUAGAAUUUUGUUCAGUCUUCUGCUAAGUAUGUCAAAUUACCUGCACACAUUGGUUUUGUAAAGCCAUUUAAUCAGAAUCUAGAAUUGCAGUUCUUAAGGCAGGAUCCAUGCAUUCUUAGAACUUUUAAAGAACCCAGAUCUCUCAUGGGAUUUUUAUUAGUUUUAAAGUUAAUAAAGUCAGCUAAAUCCACCUGUCACUUGUUUUGUCACUAGUAACUUAAAAAUCUGUAAAUCUCUGUAGAAACUGACACAAAUUAUGUGAUUACCUUGUUUUGCUUUGAUCAUAGAUUCCCUCUUUAUAAAUUACCAACAGUCCAUCACUGAUUGAAAAUAUUUUCUAUAGUUAAGAUUUGCUGCAUAAUAUAGUAUAUAGAAUUAAAUUAACGUACUAACAUUUCUCCUUUGGAGGAAGUUUUAAUCCACGUCAGGACAAGUUCCUUAUCAAAAUACUUUGACACACAGUAUAGUAUAGUUUAUUUAAAAUGUGUUGAAGAGAGGCUCAAGAACAUCAAGACAGUAUUACUGUCACAACCUGGAAGAGAUGUUCCUGUGGGAUCAUAUAUGAACAUGUCAAUAAGCUUGCAUUAAGCCACCUGCUUUGUAAGUGGAUUGAAUAAUAAAUACCUUCCGUUUCCCUUGUGUCUUUCAUAAUUAGUUAAGUGUAAAACAGUUUACAGUAAAACACAAAUCAAAAUGUUUUGUUUACACCUAACAAAUUGUGAUCCAUUUAUAAGUGUAACCUUAUCUAAUUUGAUGCCUGUUUGUCUGGUUAAAAGCAGCUCCCUCCCACCCCCCUUUUUUUUUAAUCCUUUCAUGUCAGGAGUAGCAUUUUCCAAUGCAAUGUCCAUUGCUGGCAAUAGACUUAAUACCUCUGGCACUAAGGCAUUAAGCAGGGAGAAGUUUUGUCCUAACAGUUGUGAUUAAUGGACAUUUUAAAGCUUACUUGCAUUGUUAAAAGUAAACUUAAUUUGAAGACUUGAAUCACUUUUGUGUUUAAUUUGGUGGGGUGGCGUGGGGUGAGGGGGAUGAGAGAGAAAGGUAACGUGAUUUGGCUGCUCCAAACUGUCAUGGUUUUAAACUGAAGCUUCUUAGCGUAUGUAGCUAUAAGGACCUGUGGCUGGGUAUGAAAUUGAAGCUGUAGUGGAUAAAAUUAACUGGAAAGACGAAACAGGAACCCUUUUCAACUCUUCAGUGCAUAUGAAGAAAAAAGGAGGGGAGGUAGCUUUCCAGGGGUGCACCCCAACUGAUAGUUGAAGGUGGGAGGACACUCACUUUUAAAGUUACAUCAUAGGUACUUAGAGUCACGGAAAUAAUUGAGACCCAGGGUGCACAAUGAGUCCAUUUUGGCAUACCUUCCAGGGACAAAGAAGCACAGACUUUUUUUUAAAAAUGCACCAGAUUUCGGUGUCUGGUACUUAGAGGUAUUUUAGUGGCCCAUGAGUUGACCUAUUUUAUAACUGCUACUGAUACUGUCUUGCUUUUAAAUGUAUACAUAACAUAUUGUAAAGUGAUGUUUAACAGUUAUGUGCCAGGAAUCUCAGUUCCUGUUAUGUGCUAAUGCAGGGGCUAAUAAACCUGCAGCCUACUCCUAUUCCAGAAAGUUGUGACCUGAUAUAAUUUAGGGAAAGGAAAAUUAAUGGGUUUUUGAAAAUUUCCACCACUUACUGUGCUUUACUUGCUUAGAUGCAUUGCCUUAAGUUUUCUGCAGCAUCUUUGACUUUCAAGAUAAGUCUCAACAGUAUGCAUCAAAUUACUUUUCAUAUAAAAUUCCAUUGUCAGAACAAAUCCUUUUGUAUGCAAUAAAUAAAAUGUUAGACUGAU